AUAAGUUCUAUUAACAAAACAAUUAAAAAAACUAAAACAAAAUGUUUAAAUUCUUCGCUUUGUGCUUGUUUGCUGUUAUUGCCUUGGCUGCCGCUAAACCCGGUAUUGUGGCUCCUUUGGCAUACUCCGCUCCUGUAGUUGCUGCUGCUCCCUAUACUGCAGCUUACACUGCUCCCUACGCUGCCGCUUAUGCUGCUCCUUAUGCUGCUGCCUAUUCUGCUUACUCUGCCUAUCCUUAUGUUGCUUCUCCUUAUGUAGCUGCUCCUUACACCGCUGCCUACUCAGCUUAUCCUUAUGCUGCUUCUUACUUGUUGCGCAAGUAAAUUUUGCAGCAAAAUUAUUUAAUGUUUAGCUGUAAUGUGUUAUCGGUUGUUAUGUGAAGGAAAAAUUUUGUUAAUGUAACUUAAAUGACUGUUGAAAAAAUUAAAAUGAAAACAAUUAAAUUUAUUUACUUAAAAAAGAAAAGUAGAUA